AAUAAUUUCCGAUUAAAAAUGCUAAAUCGUCUGUAGACCAAAUCAGAAUUAACAAAAAAAAAAUCUAAAAAUUAAAAUUGAGUGUACCGCAAAUUCUAACUUGUAACUUUUAACAAAUCGUUCACCUGCCAUUCACUUGUUACGCAAAACCUCACCUGCGCGACACUUCCGGGUUGUUUCACAGGAUUUACAACAACAACAAAAGCGCAGAAGAAGUGGAAAGAGAGAACAAAUCAGGAGAAUACAAUGAGGACAGAAAACGACAGCAACCUCUUGUGGCCUGCACAUAGACAGACUGAAGGAGGACAGACAGGUGAAGAGACCGAAGGACCAUCAGGACAGAUAGGUAAUGGACAGCCAAGUGGACAAACAGGAAGUGGACAAAGUGGACCAGAAAACAGUUGGACAGAGAGUGAUCUCAUGGUGGAGAGGGCCAGACAGUCAUGGGCGGGGCUAAAGACCCACCCAGAUGAACCUGAAGAGAACGAGCUUCCAGAAAAAGCAGCUCAAGUGUUUUAUCCAGCAGCGACCAAACAGAGUGAAGGACUCUGGGAAGGGGAAUCAGAGAAGAAUCCCUUCCUGGACCAACAUGGCCAACAGUAUGAGUGGAUGGAGGACACGCCCUCGACCAAAUGUGGACGGUGCUGUCCCGGCAGAGAUGUCCUGAAGGUGUGCGUGUCCUUGGUGACAUCAGCACUCUUCUUCCCCUUUCUGGUGUGGGGUGGUUUCGUGUUCCUGCCGUUUGAUGCCCCCGUGCUAGACGACGCCCCCUUAAGACUGGUCUACACACUGCGCUGCUCUGUGUUUGCUGCCACACCCAUCCUCCUGGGUUGGCUGGUCCUUGGCGUCAUCCGUCUUCGCUCUGGUUCAUUGAAGCCUUUGCUUGAUGAUGUAAAGGGGGCGGAGCUUCACGAGGUCACAGUCCAUCGUCGUUUUGUCUCCGACUCUGCAUCGUUGUUCCUGAUCUACUUCUUGCACCUGGUUGUCCUGUCGAUGUAUCUGGGACAGGAACAGCUGAAGCUCAUCCCCCUGCUGACUAUUGUCUUCGCCCUGGGAAGGCUGGUGUACUGGGUGGCCGCUGCUUUUGGGAGCAGCAUACGUGGGUUUGGUUUCGGACUUUCCUUCCUGCCAAGUCUCGCCAUGAUGGUCGCAAACAUUUACUUCAUCUUCACAGUGGAAGGCUCGAUCUUCAACCAACCAAUGAUGCCUGAAAAGACGUCGACUCCGCCCCAAGGCAGACAGAGGUUCUGGGGAUGAUCAUUAAUCUAUUCUUUUUUUUAGAUCACACUUUAAGAUGAACUUUUUCAAAUGUCUGUUUCUCAAGCAACGUCUAAAUGUUAUAGCAUCCGAGCAACAUCACAAAUCUAUAUUUGUGUAGUAUUUAGUUUUACUAUAGUUUUUACAAAAGUCUAAAAAAGAAAUGUAUACUUUGAUAAUGUGAAAUGAAGUUUUUUAAUAAAAAUGAAGUGAACAGGA